AUGAGGUAUUUGACCUCAGAUGACUUCAGAGUCCUUCAAGCUGUAGAGUUAGGAUCCAGAAACCAUGAGUUAGUUCCUACGCAAAUGAUCCAUUCCAUCGGAGGAUUGAAAAGUCCAACUGCCACCAAUAGAGCUAUAGGAGAUUUAGCCAAGUUAAAGUUAUUAGCUAGAUUAAGAAAUGCCAAAUAUGAUGGGUUCAGAAUUACUUACACUGGGUAUGAUUAUCUUGCAUUGAAGUCCAUGUUAAACAGAGAUACCCUUUAUUCGUUGGGUACCACUAUCGGUGUAGGAAAGGAAUCAGAUAUUUACUCCGUUAGUGAUGGGAAGGGCCAACAAAGAGUGUUAAAAAUCCACAGAUUGGGUAGAACAUCCUUCAAAACCGUCAAGAAUAAUAGAGAUUACUUAAAAAACAAACAAACGUCUAACUGGAUGUAUUUAUCUCGUUUAGCAGCCCAAAAAGAGUACGAAUUUAUGAGAGUUUUAUACGAUAAUGGGUUUAUUAUCCCUGAACCCUUUGAUAAUUCCAGACACUGUGUGUUAAUGGAAUGGAUAGACGGUGUGACUAUGAAACACUUGAGAAAUCAUGCCAACUUCAAGAAAUUGUAUUCAGAUUUGAUGAAUUUCAUAGUUAAGUUAGCUAAUCACGGAUUGAUCCAUUGUGAUUUCAAUGAGUUCAAUAUCAUCAUAAGGAAUAAUGAAGAUAAGAAAUAUGAAUAUGAUUUUGUGGUGAUUGAUUUUCCCCAAUGUGUAUCGACUCAACAUGUUGAUGCUGAAAUGUACUUCAAGAGAGAUGUCGACGGAAUCAGGGAUUUCUUUGAGAAGAAGUUCAGAUAUGUUCCUGAAGAUGAUGACGUGAUGUUAGAUACUGAAGGUUUUGGUGAAGGUUACAGAUACGCAUAUCCAGAUUUUUAUAGGGAUGUGAAGAGAGAGAAAGAUCUCGAUGUUGAAGUACAGGCCUCAGGAUAUAAGAAAGAUAAGAGGAAGGAAAGUCGUGAUUUGGAGGCUGCUGUUAGAGCCAUGAGAGAUCAUGAAGGUGGUGAAGAAGUUGAAGACGAACAGGCAGAAGAAGAAGAAGAAGAGGAAGAAGAUGAAUCAGAAGAAAUAGAGGAAGAUUAUUCAGAAGAUGAAUAUUCAGAAGAAUCAGAAGAAGAACCAGAACUCGAUCUCAAUUCGGAAUCUAACGCCGAAGAAAAUGAAAAAAUCAUCCAGGCAUUAUCUUCUGGUACUCAAAACCUUAAGAUAGACAAAUUAGGAAAUUACAUACUUGAAUAA